AUGAAGCCGUCGGCCGGGAUCCGCGUCUAUCGAUGCAGUGAUGCGCAAGAUCCGAUGCGGGACCCUACACUAAAACCCCCCGACCCUUCCCCCUUCUGCUCGUCAACUUACCCGCUAAGGGCCAAGAUCCGCGCCGCCGCCGUCGUCGCCGCCGCUGCUCCUGCGGCCCAAAAGUCGCCUCCUCCAGCCGGGAUUCCGCACCUCUUGCGUCUGGGCCAUCCGGAAGGAAACCUCCCCCGGUAG